UCACGUUGAUAUCGCCAGAGCAAAUCGACUUAACACCGCGAGAGAGAGAGUCAACGCAGUUGACGUACCUUCGUGUCAGAUCAGGAUGUAUCUUCGAAUAUCGGUCCUUUUAUUCGCGAUAUUCCUCCUUGCGAAGUGUGACAAUGUUGCGAAUAUCACCGUGGAACAUUCGAACAUGGUCGAAACGGAGAACAAGACAGUCGAUGCAGUGCAAAAGUUGCCGAGUUUGUGCAGCGUGUGCAAUUGUACAGAUCGCUACAUAAACUGUAGCUACCGAACUUUGGAAAGUCACUUCAACGGUAGCCAAUGGCCGAACAUGGAGAUGGUGGAGGUUUCGUUCGAGGGUAAUCUGCUGGUACACGUCACGCCUUUUCCGAAGAGAGUCGUCAAGCGAUUAAUCCUGCGGAAAAAUCACAUCGCCAAGAUCGAUUAUCGCGCCUUCAAAGAGCUCGUUAAUCUCACCGAGUUAGACCUGAGUCACAAUCAGCUCACGUCGCAACUAUUGCAGCCGCACGUUUUCGAGGGCAGGUUUUCGCCUGAAGCGUAUGAGCCUUUGUCGAACCUGAAAACCUUGAAUGUGGCUAAUAAUUUACUCCAAUGGCUACAUCAGAGUCUAUUCGAGCACCUUGUCGGCGUGACGGUCUUGAAUCUCUCUGGGAAUCCUUUCAAAGUGUUCGACUAUCGUACGUCCAUAGCGAUCAGUAGCUUAUCGUACUUGGAGGAAUUGGACAUCAGCUAUUGCGAAUUAAAGAGACUGCCAAAUUUUCAGUUUCAUAAUGCCAAGUAUUUAAAGAAAUUAAAUAUGGCUGGCAAUCGAUUCGUUGAUGUGCCCGCGCCUUUGCAAGGGGCCGUAGCAUUGGAGUAUGUUCGUCUGGAUAACAAUCCGAUAGAGGUUAUCGAUCACGUGAACACCUUUCCGAACUUGACGAGAUUGAAGGAAGUCAGUUUGUGCUACAUGUCGAAUUUGACGGCGAUUGAGAACGGCGGAUUAUCGGAAUUAACCAACUUGGAAAACCUCUACAUACAAAAUUGUCCGAAAUUGAAGAAGAUCAACGAUUAUGCAUUGGCACAGAAGUUGUCCGAGGGCACGAUGUGGCCGCCGUUAAAGAAAUUGGAUAUAUCGGAUAAUGCUCUCCAAUAUUUGCCGGCCAUGCUCGUAGGCAGAUGGGACAACCUCGAAGAAUUGGAUCUGAUGAACAACGAAUGGAGCUGCGAUUGCAAUAAUCAAUUUCUGGUCGGCACUUUGCUACCGAAUUACGGUAAGCAACUGAUGGGAGAUGAAGUCGGCGAGCUCACCUGUUUCGCACCGCCGGAACACAAGGGAAGAAACCUCACAUCCUUGGCGAAGUGGCAUCUACGCUGUUUGGAUUUGUACGACGCGCGACCGGAGAGAGACGCCGCGAUACUCGUGGGUAUGAUGAUCGGCUUGCUCGUAGUGAUUCCGAUCAGCUUCGCGUUCUUCAUGUUGUGGCGACGCGGCUUCUUCUUCUGCGGCCCGCAGGGUCCUGCCAGCUUCUCCCGUGCCUUUUACAAACGUGCGUCCAACGAUGACGAUAUUUAAUUACUAUCCCUUAAUUACUAACGUAGCCAUUCCAUGUAUAUCCUUGAUAUCACGUUGAUCGCAUCACUUAGGAACGAACAAGUUUGUAUUUAUUGUUAAGUUGCAACGGAAAUAAGCAUGAUACAUCCAAUUGAUCUAGUCUAACGUCUAACGCUUCGAGUACGUUUUUGUUUUGUCUGUUCAUAUAAUUGAUCAAUUCAUUGUCGUUCGACCUUUGUCUUUGGCGUUUCUUUCCAGUCAGUCCAUAUACGAAUUUAUCCAUCGAACAACAUCGCGUAGGUGUGUUCAUUUUAAUAUCGCAGCGCCUAAAUAACGCAACAACGCACGCAUAUUUGUAUAAAAAUACAAUUUUUAUGAAAUGUCACCGUAUGAAAGAUUUGAUCGACUGGAAUGAAACGCGACGUCGAGUCGCGAAGGAUUAAGAUAUUGUAAGUAACGCGAUGCUCGUACCUCGAGGGAGCGAGUAUGCUUUUUUGUCUUAAUGAGUAUUAAGGGAACGUAGAUAGAUAAUAUAUCAGCGUGUCUACGUAGUAUACGCAUGCACGACAUAUUACGGUUCAAUAAUAAAGAACUCGAAAAUCAACG